UUGAUAUUAAUAUACUCGUCACCCAAAUAAAGAGCGAAAAAUGCACAAUGAGUACUACUCAUUGUGUACCAAUUGCUUCACAGUACAAUCGUACCUGUCUUGGUAAUCAUUUGCCUUACAAACUAACAACUCCAAUACCACUUGACGAUGAUGUGAUUUUUUAUGAUCUUGAAUUUUGGACUGCUCUGCAAUCUAUACCAUCUUGUUGGGACAAGUUACAGUUUUUCCUGUGCUCAGUUUAUGUUCCUGAAUGUGUUGUUAGCGUACACCAAACUACAAAAGCAUACGAUAAUAGACAUUUAUCAAAUAUUGAAGCUGAUAAGAAGAAUUCACCUGAAUUAGUGAAUCAAUCUUCAAUUGAUAGGAAAUUCAAUGAGAUAUUGGGAACUAACACUACAUCGUCCUCUCCUUCCUCUUCCUCUUCAGCAUCCUCAUCAUCAUCGCCAUCGCCAUCGUCGUCGUCUUCUUCUUCUUCAUUAACUUCUUAUCGAGUUGUUUUACCAGAAGCGGAAAUGUGUGAAGCUGUACACAAGGCCUGUCCGCUUUUAUUUUCAAUUAUUCAAUCAAUGGAUACCAGUGGUAAUCAUCAUCAUCAUAAUAAUAAAAGAGGAAUCAAUAACAUUGAUUUUGCUGGUGAUGACAGCAGCAGCAGCAGCAAUAACAGGCGGUGGAGGAGUAGUAGUGACAAAACCAACGACAACAACAACAACAACAAUGAUGGUAGAGUUGGUCAUAGUCUCGAUAACAAACGUUCAUAUUCUUAUCCGAAAUUUUUUGACUGUUCCUUAUAUACACCAGGAUGUCGACAAAACAAAUUGACUGCUCGGUUGUUUCAAAGUAAUGGAGGCGGUUGUCAAUCUCCACUUGUCACUACAUCGUUAAGAAGAAAUUGGAUACCUGGUAUAGAACGAUGCAGUUUUCCAUGUCGACGGCCUUACUUUGAUCCAGAGCAUUAUAAACUGGCUAGAUGGAUUACAGGUUGUGCUGCUAUUGUUUGUCUAUGCACUAAUAUCUUGACAUUGUUUACUCUUCGUUUACAAUUAGCUGAACGUAUGGAAAUCACUCUACAACUCUCCGGCUACAUCCAUCGUUUAAUUGAUUCACUUCAUUUGCCAACAUUUUCAACUGAUAAGAAAUCACAUCUUAUCUAUCAUAGAAAACCGGCACCGGCACCACCACCACCAACAACAACAACAUUGUCGUCAAUAGCAGCAUCACCGGUGUAUAUUUCGCCUUCCACCGUUUCGUCAAACAACAAAUCAUCAUCAUCAAGGCAUAAUCCAUCCUGGUGUUUAAUACAUACCUCACUGUUUUAUAUUCAUUUAUUUUUAUUAUUUGGUUGUUUUGGUUGGCUGCUGCCACUUUUGCCAGAUUUCGGAGAGUAUGUUGCAUGUCGUGAAGAUGGGAGUCUGCGUGUCGGUGAACCACAAAUAAGUUCUGGGAAGUCGAUUCUAUGCAUUAUCGAUUUCAUCUUGUUAUAUUUCUCAUCAAUAGCUGCUGCAAUCUGGUCAAAUAUCUUUGAUUAUGCCUUAUUAUAUCAAAUGAAAAAAAUCAAUUACAAUUUAACCAAUCAACAGAAUCCUUCUCCUCUUUAUCAUCAGUCACAUCAUACUCGUCAGCAUCCUCGUCAUCAACAACAUGGACGUCAGCAUCGUGACCACCGCCAUCAUCAUUUGAAUCAGCGCCAAAAUCAAACUGAUGUCAUAGAAAUGAAACAUAUUCAAUCUUAUUUAACAAAAUUUAGUGAAAAUUUAUCAAAAAAGAAAAAGAAAGCUGUUAACAACAAGUUAACAAAUACUGAUGAUAAUUAUUCGUCAUUAUUAUUAAUAAAAAAGCGUAUCUCACAUGAACCUUUAUCAGAAAUAACAAAUUCAAUUAAUUUAACCAAUGAAAAAUCGUCAGAAUUUGAAUUAUCCACUGAAGGUCAUAAUAUGAUUGAUUUAAACAAUGAUAAUAUUGAAACAAUUGAACCAUUGAAUACAUCUGUUAUAAAUGACAAUAGUAAUAAUAAUAAUGAUGGUGAUGAGAAAAAGUAUAAUAAAACUGCUACAACGACAACAACAAGUAAACGACCUCGACGACGACGACAAUUAGUACUUCAUUCAUCAUGUUCAUUUAAUUCUUCAUUUAAUUCUCCAUCAUCAUUAAUGACAUCAUCUUCUGGUACGUCUUCUUCAACACCGCCUUCCCCUUCACCUUCAUCACCAUCACCUUCAUUGUUAUCUAAUCUGAAGGGGAAUGAACAUUUACAAACAUCUUUUAUCAAAUCUAAUGUAUUGAAAGAAAGCAUGAAAAAGUCGAAUAAUACUACUAUUACUACAACAAUUACUACUAAUGACAAUAAAAAUAAUGGUGAGAGUAUCAUUUCUCGUGAUAAUGAUAAUAAUGUUGACAUCGAUGUAAAUGUCUCUUCAAAGAAAUAUGAUAAUCAUAAUGUUCGCUCCAGUCCCAGCAGUAAUAAUCAUCAAACAAUAUGCUCAGAUUCAAUUAUUCAACGAUCACCACCACCAUUGCUGAGAAACCUAGCCUCGACUGUGCAUGAUAAUAAUAACAGCAGCGACUCUUAUCUGUAUUCGUCGCCUACAUGUUUCCCUCAUCCAAAACCAUUAAUCUCACAAAUCUUAUGGAUUCAGUUGUUUACUACUGAUAAAUACUUAUUUAUUCAUAAUAAUAUGGACAGUAGUCACGGUAGUAAUAAUAAUAAUAAUACUAAUAGUAGUAGUAGUAGUAUGAAAUGGUGUGAAAUGCAUAAUUGUUAUCAAAUGGUUAUUGGUGGUGAUGAUGAUGAUGAAGUUGGAGGUGAUGGCGGAUAUCAUCAGGUGAAUGCUCUUGUGACGACGAUGAGAACAACAACACCAAUAACCAAAUCGCCAAUACCGAUGCCUAUGUGUUCUUGUUCUUCUGCUUAUUCUAAGUCACUUAUGCUUAAACAUGGCGUGAUUAUCUCAUCCCCAAUAAAUCAAUCGAUAAGCACACAACCACAAACCACUUGUUUACACUUGCUGGCAUUAGCUGUUCCAUUAGUGCUGACUUUGAUCAGUUUAACAGCUGCAGAAAUUGAUGGGAAUUCUCUGAGUGGCAUCUGUUCAGUUGGUUUAAUCAAUAUAUGGGCACGUGUCGGCCUCUUGUUAAUUCCAUUCACAUUAUCCUUAGGGAUUAAAAUCUUUUAUUUUAUUCAAUUAAUACAUCAAUUCACAAGAUUACGUCAUAAAUUCCGUGUGUCUUCAUUUCGUGUUGAUCGUGAAAUAGCUCAACGUUUGGUGAGAUAUUCUUUAUUCUAUGGUUUAUUUUUACUCUUCUUAUUGAGUUUAUGGUUAUUCUCAAUAUGUAUACAUACUUAUUGGUACAUGAAUGAACCUGUUUGGUUAGAAUCCCAACGACUUUUAUUCUUAUGUCGAAUACGUUAUCGUUUGUUGGGAUUGGACGAGGCAGCCGCUGGAAAUGUAUGCAUUAAUACAGCAUCAUCUCUUCCCAACAUAAAUGAUUCACACAUUUUAAAUAGUCCAAAUAAUCCACAGUCACUAUCUCCAGCAUCGUCAACAUCAUCAUCGCCAUUUUCAGAUCCUCAGCAUUCUAAAUAUCAAGUAAUGAAGCAGUUGAAUCAACCAGCGGAGGACAGUGAAGUUGUCAUUACCUCAAUGUAUAAUUCACAUUUAAAUUACCUACCCAUAGAAGAGACAUUAAUACACAAACCAUCGGUUGGACCAAUCCUCCUACAUUUAUUCAUUUAUUUUGCUAUUAAUCUCUUAUAUAAUUCAAUGUGUCUACUUGAUCCAUCAGUUAAGCGUAGUUGGUGGUAUACUGUGAAAAGAAUUAUAUUUUGGUGCCAACCAAAGAAGGCGAAGAAGAACAAGAGGAAGUUUCCAUUAUCAAACCUUGAAGGUUUCCACUCUCAUAUGCAUCAUCAUAAUCGACACCAUCGACGCCAUGAUCUGGAUAUCGACCCUAUUGACAACGACUAUGCUGAUGAUGCUGAUGACGAUGAUCCUAAUGUUGUCGAUCAUGAUUACAAGGCGAAAAUCAUUGAUUAUCACGAUAAAACUUCCAAGAUCCCACCGACAGGAGGAGGAGAAGGAGGAGUAGGAGAUAUUGCAUUCAAUGAAAAUGAUCGCAUGGUUAAAUCCUAUCUAAAUCAUAUUACAAUUGGAUUUAGUUGGUGGGAUCCUGGAUUCUUUAUUAUUCCAACACCGAUACUAUCCAAUUAUGAUCUAUGGAUAAAGUGUAGACGACAAUUUUAUUGGAAUAAGAACAGUCAGCAGAAAGAGGAGAAGAAGAAGCGAUCCAAGCAGGGCAAAGAGAAUAUACUCAUGUCAUCAUCAUUAAGAGGAACAACAUCAACAGUUGCGGCGACGUUACCCCUGCAAGAUCCCGAAUCUGUUAAGUGCAAGGUGAAUCCUACAUGUACUAUAAGUAAUGAGAAUGCUGGUACUACUACUAAUAAUAAUAAUAAUAGUAGUAGUAUGUUCGAUAAUGCUCUCAUCAAGAACGAUCAUGAUAUAAUUAAUUUCUGUUUAAAUCAUGCUAUUCAAAAUCCAGAUCAGCUCAAUCAGAUUAUGAUGGAUCCAUUUGAAUCUUUGUUAUUGUCAACUGCUGCCGAGGCCGGCGCUAAUCAUCAGCGAAACUUCUUCAGCAAUGCUGGUAGUGGCAGUCUAGAGGAUGGAUCACCUUUUCAUCAGUAUUAUCAACAAAGCCAGCAGCAGCACCACCAACAACAACAGGCAGCGACACACUCAAAAUUACCAACAUCGAUUAAUUUUGAAACAGUCCUUCAAAUUCUACGCCAGUUAAAUCAUCAGUUAAUGACAACCGGUGACUCUCAGAUAGGAGAUGAUAAAGCCUUUAAUAAUAUUGUUGGUGAUCCGUCAAAUGUGACUGCUACUUCUAAUGCGACAAGUAAUAGCAGCAGUCUGAGUAGUAGUAAUAAUAUUAAUAGUAGUAGUAAUGGUAAUAAUACUCAGAAGAAUCAAAAUCUAUCGGGAAAUCAUAAUUUGAUGAAUAUUUUAUCUCAUGAUCCAAAUUUGAUGGCUUCAUUAACAGCUGCUGCCGCUUAUGAACAUUAUCAAAAACAGCUGUCAGAGUUGACCACAAGUAUUUCACGUCGACGAAGUAGGCAUAAACGAUUGUUAUCGAGUCGUACAUCACUUCGUCGACAUAGUCAAUCACGUAGUUUUUCUACAAAUGGUUUAUUCCUACCUGGAUUAACAUCCUCGUCAUUAGCAGCCGCCGCAGCUGCAUCAACAAUGAAUUUAAAAGUGAAAGGAACAAGUUCAUCAUCGACGUGUUCUACAACAGCAUCAAAAACAGUUGUUUAUCCUCCUGUACCGCCUAUUGCAACAACAACAACACCUGCACCAAGUGGUGGUGGUGGUAGUUCUUACAAUAUAUUACAAGCUGCAGCUUCUAUGAUUUUGGCUGCAGCAGUUGCGUCAUCUUCUAAUGGUACAAAUACAAAUAAUUUCGCUACUAACAGUAAUGAUAAUUUUAAUAAUAAUAGUCAUACGAAUAAACGUCGAUUAAGUCAAUCAGGUUUCAGUGGAAUUGAUGCCUUCUCUACACAUCAGUUGGUGGAUAGUUCGAGUAGUACAAAUUCAGCUUUCGGUGGAAGUCAAAUAUCGUCUGCAUCGUUUCGAAGUGCAUUAACCAGUGCUGGUAUACCUCAUCAUCAUCAUCGUCGACGUGACACUAGUCAUACUCGACCAUCGUCAACAUCUGAAGCUGCAUUGAUAACUAAUAAUUGUAGUACUCUUAAUGAAUUAAAUCAGAACAGUGGUUGUGUUGAAGACUCUACCGUUAAGAGCAUCAAUAGUAACAAUAAUAAUAAUAACAUCAAUAAUAUGCAUAAUAUGGGCAGUCGUAUGUCCUCUUUGCACUCAAUUUCCUGUGCUUCAUCAUCUGGCGCUGAAUCGUAUAAUUCAUAUCGUCUGUUAAUUAAUCAAGCUGGUGCAAGUUGGCGAGAAUUAUGGCGUACGCGUAUGCUAUUAAUGCAUGUAUUACGUUGGGCAGAGAAUGUUGCACCGUAUAUGCAAACAAACAAUUCUGGUCCCAUGAAUAAUGCUAAUAAUGAAUGCAAUAAUGAAUAUAAACAAUCAUCACAGACAAAUUUGUCAAAUUAUGAUGCACCACAAGAACAGAAUGGAGGCAAUACUAUGAAUUAUGUUAAAACGACUGCUUCUACGGAUAAUAAUUCAAUUUCUGUUGGUGAUUGUACCAGUACUACUGUUAAUAAUGUUCCUAGUAUUAGUAGUAGUAUGAAUCAUCCACAACAACCGUCAACAUUUACUCCAAAAACUCUUGAUGCUGGGAAUGAUUUCAAUGCUCAGUUAGUUCAAUUGAUAAUGUCUUUAAUUGAACAACAGCAACACCAACAACAAUUGCAAUCACAAUCAUCAGUUACUUCUCCGAAUAUACCGUCUGUUAAUCCAUUAAUGCAAGCUAGUAAUAAUGGUGUUGUAGAGACAACUGGAAAUAUCGCAGCCUUUGGCAGUGGUAAUAAUAAUCCAUUCAUUGAACCAGCACAUCAAUUGACGUCGAUGGAUCCAAUGAUGGCGGCAGCGUUUGCUGCAGCUACAGCGGCGGCGACUGUUGCUUUAAAGCAACAACAACAGCAGCAGCAACAGCGUCAAUCAUCCUUUUCUAAUUUAGCGUCAUCACCUACAGUCAAUAGUAGUGGUAGUAGUGGUGGUAAUACUACUACGACGACGACGACGAUAACGACUACUCCUCCUACGACUGUCAUCACAAUGACUCCUAAUAAUUGUGCGCAAAGGAAUCAGUCGUUUUCUUCUGGUACUACUCCUUAUCAUCAAUAUCCAUAUUUGGCUAAUUCACCGGUUGGACAGCCAUCUCCAUAUGGAGUAAUGCCACAAAAUAUGAUGCAUCAAGUCCCGGGACAAUACAACCUCACCAGCAUCAAUCCACUGUGUUUUCCAUCUAGUCCCAAUGAUCAAAAGCAUAAUUCACCAUCAUGCCAUCAAAAUACUAAUUCAUUGCAUAGAAUAUUUCCACCACGAGACUCAAGUCUUCCUCCUCAAUAUUUAAAUGUCACGCAUAGUCCACCAACUCAUCUGGAUGCAAGUCAUCAAGCAUCACCUGAACAGCAUUUAUACAAUACUCCUAACCAGAGAAGCGUUGUAAUAAGGCGGCAAACAAAGGAUAAUAAUAAUUAUCAGUGUACUGUUGCCCCAGAUCUUCUAAUCGAUCAUAAUCAAACAGCUAAUCAUAUUCGUGUGGGUGUGAAUUGUUUACCACAGUACAGUCUUACAACAACAAGAUCUCCAUUAAUCCCUGGACAGCAACAACAAGUACCUCAUUUCUUGCAUCCUACAUCAACUGUUCCUAUAGUUAUGACUUCUAUGACUAUGUCGUCAGCUGUUAUUCAUCCUAAUGCAAGUAACUCUGCUGCCCAGUCAAUGUUGUUCCCAGUACCGUCUACAUCGAAUCCAAGACAGCAUACUUGUUCAAUAUCACCGAAUGCUGCUGUAAGUUAAGACUACCUUUUAUUGUACUUCCUUUAUUGAUUAUCAUAUUAGCAUUAUUUACAGGUCUGUUCAUGAAAUGAUGUCAGUUAGAGAGAGGACCAUUAAAAACCACCAGGGAGUACUGGAUAAAUGGUUGUUUCUUCCUUGUUGUUUGAGACUCUUUAGAAGUAAGCAUCCACCUCCAGGGUUCGAAGGUACGACCUUCCGAUUACAAGGCGAGUUCAUAGACGAUUCAGUCACUUGAACCCCGAUCCAGUGGUCGAUGACUUCCAAGUUCUGCCAGUUCGCGAUAUUAGAACAAGACAUAUAUAUAGGCGAACAAUAUUGUUGUUUUCAAUUAGAUCUUCUUCAGGCUUUGCUCUAAUUUACAUAGAUUUAUAUAUAUAUAAAUCUUAACCAAUGACGGUGAUUUUGUGGAUCAAAUAAUAAUAAUAAUGUGGUAAAUGUUUUGAACGUAGUUAAUAUCGAUGAUUAUAAUGAUAAUAAAAUAUUGAUAAUAAGGUUUAUGCAGGUGGCGAUAAGAAGAAUAACGAAGGUAGUGAGUGAUAUGUGUAUACGUAGACAAU